AUGGCUUUCGGAGUCGCGAUGGAUGGCGCCCCUCUACCACCUGCACUGGUUACCUUCAAGAAUGACUUGCAGAUGCAGAAUAUGUUCCAGACCGGUCUCUUCAGCCUGCUGAUAUAUGACCAUUUGUUGAAUUUCGGAGAGGAGGUCGAGAGAAUCUGGAAGAAACCAUGGACCGGUGCAUCCAUUUUGUUCGUAUUGAAUCGGUAUCUGACGCCACUGGAAUUCAUCGUGGUGAUGACCGCGUUCCAGUCGGAGUGGCCUGCGGAGAUGCCGACGAUUCGUGAAAUACGAAGGUGCCGGUUCUGUUACGGUUACUGGGAUAUGUCAGAGCUGCAGUUCUCGCAGAAGGCAUUCGAGUACCUACAACGAGGUGCUAGCAUGCCGAUGGUACUCAAGGAGAUUCCUCCAGUACCUUCAGACUAUUCCUCCGAGUACGGCGAUUCUUCGCCAUGUUGCCAAUGGUUGCUCUAA